ACUGAAAAUGGAUCAAAUGUUAGUUGAAGAGCUUGAAUCCGAUAUUACCGCUGCCAGAGACAAACUGAGGAGUAUUGAUGACAAAGUGACUACUUUGAAUGGGAGACCACCACGUCAGCGCAUUUCAUACAACGAGGAACCAGAAGAAGCUCCACUGAGAAACGUUGGCCGUGAUGCUUUUGGACUGAAAGAUGAAGCUAGUGCAUGGAAUACACGGAAGGAAAUCGAAGCUCCUGGUGGGGUCCGUAAGAGGAUCAGCGUCGGUGAUAGAACAGAUCGCAGAACUGGUGGCCGGCAAAGCUUUGACAAUCAAAAACGCCAACGCCCAGAUUAUUUGGAGAACGAGGCGGACGAGGAAGAAUAUGGAAAACGCCAGAAAAGAACAAUCCAGUCGACUGUUGUCAUGCCAGCUCUUGAUUCAAAAGGAAGAGAAGAAAAAAUUGAAAAAUUGAAAGAAACUGAGAAUAAAGACAGUAAACAGAGAAAUCGUCGUCUAUUUUCUAAUCUGAUAAUGGGAACUUUGAGUUCUUUCAAAAAGACUGAAAAGAAAACUACUCAGCAAGAAAAGCAAGAAGAAGUUGAGAAAAAGCUUGAAGAAACCAAGAAGAAGGAUUUCGAAUCGAGAAAAGAAGAGAAACACGAUCUCCUCAACAAACGACGCGAGCAGGAGAAGGAACUGAAAAGUCUUCAGCGAAAGAAAGCAUUGAUCCAGUACGCCGAACACCAUGCCAAUCAAUUAAAGCUUAUGAAGGGCUGGAUAAAGACUACGACAAGCCCACAUAUUUUCUGGCAACCGGUCAAGCAUACCGUUCGAUCGUUGGAGUUGAAGCAAGCCACGGAGAGACAACUCGAUGAUCAAAUUGCGGAUCGCGAAGAACAACUGAAAAAGGAUCUCGAAGAUCGAGUGAGACAAAUAUCUGAAGAACGUGGUGAUCACAAGCAAGACGAAGACGAUGAAUACGAGGAAGAAGACGAGAAGAAUGAGAACGAGGAUAUUGUAGUUGUUCUAAAAACUGAGGAUGAUGUGAAGGCAGAAGAUGAUGAGGAAAAGGAAGAUGAUAUUGAUGUCCAUGUGGAGCUUGAUUGAUUGGUUGUGAGGUUUCAGGUACCGACUGUGCUGUGUGUCAAUGCGAAGCUUUCAAAUGGUCAUCGUAUUUUUUAUUUUUAAUGAAAUUCAGGUAUCUCCGUGAAAGUGUAAGUUUUUGUAACACCUUAAUCUCCUCGUUCUCCAAAAUAAUUACUCUCUUCUCUUUUCACAAGUUUUAAAUUGGUUAUUUUUGCUGUUUUGUUCUUUUUUGACCGUUCUUUUGAUCUGUCUAUUUUGUUCGCGACAGAUAAAAAAAUAAUAAAUAUUUAUUC